GCAGAUUUGACAUUUCUCUUGAUUUUUAAUUACAAAAGUUUGCACUUAUUUCAAACUCAAUUUAUUUUUAUUGUUUUUCUCAUUUAAUUCAAAAAAAAGAAAACUUUUUCACUUUGAAGAAUGUCGGAACUAGCUUAUCCAGCUUGUCCUGACAAUUCCAUUGUCUAUUUUGACAUAAAUAUUGGCCAAGAAUUUGCCGGUCGCAUGAUCAUUGAACUGAGGAAGGAUGUUGUGCCAAUGACUGCUGAGAACUUUCGAUGCCUUUGUACCGGCGAACAAGGAAUCGGUCGCAUGGGAAAGCCAUUGCACUAUAAGGGCAUCAAAUUUCACAAAGUAACUCGAGUGUAUGUGGCACAAGGCGGCGAUGUCGUGAACAACGAUGGUUCGAGUGGUGACAGUAUUUAUGGACCCAUGUUCGAGGAUGAGAACUAUAUCCUUAAGCAUGACGAAGGUGUUGUUAGUAUGGCAAACUAUGGUCAACGGAAUUCGAAUAACUCCCAGUUUAUCAUAACAUCUGUGGUAUGCGAUGUCUUGAAUGGGACAAAUGUUGUGGUGGGCAAAGUGCUGCGGGGCUUGGGUAUAAUUGGAGACAUGGAACAGAACACCUCGGAUGAGGGUCAACCGGCGGAGGAAAUAUACAUUGCCAAUUGUGGCGAGAUACCGGCUGGUGAAGAUUGGGGAUACAAGGACAAAGAUGGAGCCGAUAUUUGGCCACCCUAUCCACAGGAUUGGGAAGAGAAAUAUAAUCAACAUAAGCCUCAAGAGAUUGUAAGCAUGCUGACAGUUAUCCGCAAUGCAGGCAAUGAAUUCUUUGCCAGCGAACAGUACUACGAAGCCCGAAGGAAGUACCGUAAAGCCACGCGAUAUUACAACUUCUUCCGGAAGAAGUUCGAAUGGAAAGAAGAAGGAUACGAAAACGCAGAAGAUCUUACUUCAUUAGAUCAAUUCAAUGUCUUAAAUUGCGUCAACAUGGCGGCAGUGGAAAUGAAAAUCGGGCAGUAUUCAAAUGCUAAGCAUUAUUCUACAGAGGCAAUUCGAUUCGAUCCAACGAACAGCAAAGCCUAUUUCCGGCGGGGCCAAGCAAAUAUUUCCCUACAAAAUUACGAGGAAGCAAUUGUCGACCUGACAAAAACCAAAUCACUCGUUCCUGAUAAUAAAAGGGUUCUGAACGAACUGAAUCGUGCCAAAAAGCUACAAGCUGAAUUUGAUCGAACCCAAAAGCAGGCUUUAAGGAAUCUCUUUAAAUAAAUACAAAUUUACAAAAUUAUUUUAUACCUCAGCAUUUCAGAGGUUAUCCCAAAAAAAAAGUAUACGUAAUAUUUAAUGUUGAAUGUUGUGUAUAUGAAAAUGUUAUAAACAAAAACAAGUUAAGUUAAAAAUUCUAUUAUUUUCCACUUUUAAUAAAACUAUUUUUUUU